GGCUUAGUGGUGAGCGAGGGGCUGCUGUCUCAGGCUGGGAGGAGUGGUCGGCCAUGGUGAGCGAGGGGCUGCUGUCCCCAGACUGGGAGGACCAGUCGGCUGAGCCGGAGUCAGAAACCCAGUGAGGAGACUGUGAGAGUUCAUUGCAUGAAGUUAUGAAGAUGAAGCCUGUGUUGUAUUUUGAGACCAUUGGAUGUUGAGAGACCCAAGCUAUAAGGCAUCUGCCAUGGACCCCUGCAUACAGAAUACAGUGACCUAUGAUGAUGUGCAUAUAGAUUUCACUUGGGAAGAGUGGACUUUGCUAGAUCCCUCCCAGAGGAAUCUCUACAAAGAUGUGAUGGUGGAGACCUACAGUAACCUCACUGCUGUAGGCUACAGUUGGGAAGACCAUAAUAUGGAAGAACAUUGUCAAAGUUCUAGAAGACAGAGAAGGUACAAAAGAAGUAAUACUGGAGAGAAGCCCUGUGAAUAUACUCAAUGUGUUAAGUCCAUUGCAUAUCACAGUAGUCUCCAAAUACACAAAGGAACACAUACUGAAGAAAAACCUUAUGAAUGUAAUCAGUGUGGUAAAGCCUUUGCACAUUACAGUCAUCUUCAAAUACAUAAAAGAACACAUACUAGAGAGAAACCUUAUGAAUGUAAUCAAUGUGGUAAUGCCUUUGCAUUUCAUAGUCUUCUUCAAAUACAUAGGAGAAAACAUGCUGGAGAGACACCCUACAAAUGUAAUCAAUGGAUUAAAGCCUUUUCACAACACAGUUAUUUCCAAAUACAUAAAAGAACACAUACUGGAGAAAAACCCUAUGAAUUUAAUCAGUGUGGUAAAACCUUUGCAAGAGACAGUCAUCUUCAAAUGCAUAAAAGAACACAUACUAGAGAGAAACCUUAUGAAUGUGAUCAAUGUGGUAAAACCUUUGUACAUCACACUUAUCUUCAAAUACAUAAAAGAACACAUACUGGAGAGAAACCUUAUGAAUGUAAUCAAUGUGGUAAAACCUUUGCAUAUCAAAAUAUUCUUCGAAGGCAUGAAAGAAUUCAUGUUGAAGUGAAACCACAUGAAGGUAUUCAAUAUUGUGAAGCUUUUGCUCAUCACAGUCAUCUCAGAAUGCAUAAAGGAACAUAUACUAGAAAGAAACCCUAUGAAUGUAAUCAAUGCGGUAAAACCUUUGCACGUUAUGGCCAUCUUCAAACACAUGAAAGAUCACAUAGUGGAGAGAAACCUUAUGAAUGUGAUCAAUGUGGUAAAACCUUUGCAAGUGACAAUCAUCUUCGAGUACAUAAAAGAAUACAUACUGGAGAAAAACCUUAUGAAUGUGAUCAAUGUGGUAAAAGCUUUGCACGUCACAGUCAUCUUCAAAUACAUAAAAGAACACAUACUGGAGAGAAACCCUACAAAUGUAAUAAGUGUGAUAAAUCCUAUUCACAACUCAGUUAUCUCCAAAUACAUGAAAGAACACAUACUGGAGAGAAACCUUAUGAAUGUACUCAAUGUGGUAAAGCCUUUGUAAGUCAGCGUAGACUCCAAAUACAUAAAAGAAUGCAUACUGGUGAGAAACCCUAUGAGUGUAAGCAGUGUGAUAAAGCCUUUUCCUGUCAAAGUAAUUUUCAAAGGCAUAAAAGAACACAUACUAGAGAAAAAUCCUAUGAAUGUAAUCAAUGUGGUAAAGCUUUUGUACAUUGUAGUAGUCUCCAAAUACAUAAAAGAACACAUAGUGGUGAGAAACCCUAUGAAUGUAAUCAAUGUGGUAAGGCCUUUGUAUGUCAUAGUCAUCUUCGAAUACAUAAAAGAACACAUACUGGAGAGAAACCUUAUGAAUGUAAAUAUUGUGGGAAAGCCUUUGUAAGUCAUAGUAAUCUUCAAAGACAUGAAAGAGUUCAUACUGGAGAGAAAACCUAUGAAGGUAUUUAACAUGAUGAAGCUUUUGCACGUUUCUAUUGUUUUCAGCAUCAUGAAAUAAUUCUUAUUGGAGAGAAACCUUGUGAACACUAACAAUGUGGUAAAGCCUUUGCAUAUCAUAGUUAUCUCUGAAGGCAGAAAAUAAGACAUACUAGAGAAAUCUUAUCAAUGUACUCAUUGUGGUAAAGCCUUUGAAUGUCAUAGUCAUCUUCAAAUACCUAAGAGAAUAAAUACCAGAGAGAAAGCCUACAAAUGUAAUCAAUAUGCUUUUCACAAUAUGGUUAUUUCCAAAUACAUAAAAUAACACAUA